CUUUCUUAGAUAAAUGUUUCCUCUCGAUACUUCGUGUUCGCUGUUGAUUGUCCCUGAUUAGAGCACGCAGCGGCAUUUCCUCUGAAGCAACAAGAAGAUAUUUUUCUUUAUAUCUCGGUAUAUAGCUCCCUUCGAUAACGUCAAACCCACCUCCUUGAUUCCUCUAUGAAUCAUCGGUGGUUCCCUAUUUGCUCGGCUUGGUACUGAUUCCUUUUGCCCCACCGUUACGAAAACUUCCCUUUAUCCACUUCUCCGCGACCAUGGCUGCUGCAGCUCUUAGAUCGAAGCCCGGCAAAGCGACGGCCUCCUUUGCUAUCUCACAGUUCAGGUACUGCCUGCUCAGCUACCCGCACCCCGGGGGUCGCAUGUCCAACUCGUAUUCGACUAGUCGUUCCAAAUGGAGUGAUUACUACACAACAACUCCCUAUCACUUCACUUCCUUCAAGCCAGUCUCCCUCCGUGGCGAAUUGGUUGAUAAGGGUUGUCGGGCGUUUGCGAUCGGGGGACGCGGCGUCAAAGAAUUGAUAAGUGGGAACGAUACUGUUCUGGCUUGCUCUUCUGGUAAUAGCAAUGGGUCUAACUAUGGGGAGCCGCCGGAGGCCUGGCAGCCUCCUGGCGAUGGAAUUGCGAGGGUUAGCGAGUCGAGUUUGAAUGGUGUCCGCGGAGGCAAAGGAGGAGGAGGGCCUGGUUCUGGGUCCAAAGAUGGGUCCUGGGGUGGAUCCAAUUUGGGGAACAAUUUCCCAACUCCGAAGGAAAUCUGUAAAGGUUUGGAUAAGUUCGUGAUUGGUCAAGAAAGGGCAAAGAAGGUGCUUUCUGUAGCAGUGUACAAUCACUAUAAGAGGGUCCAUCACGAGACCAUUCAAAGGUCACAUACAUGGGAAGUUAGGUCUGCAGGAGAUUCAGGUAACAAGCUUGAUGCUAUGGAUGAUGAUGGAGUGGAGCUUGAGAAAAGUAAUAUUCUUUUGAUGGGACCAACUGGCUCAGGGAAAACCCUACUUGCGAAAACAAUGGCACGGUUUGUCAAUGUUCCUUUUGUUAUAGCAGACGCCACUACCUUGACGCAGGCUGGUUAUGUUGGAGAAGACGUGGAGUCUAUAUUGUAUAAGCUACUUGUGGUUGCCGACUAUAAUGUAGCAGCUGCACAGCAGGGCAUAGUUUACAUAGAUGAAGUUGACAAAAUCACCAAAAAGGCAGAGAGUGCUAACCUUAGUAGAGAUGUGUCAGGAGAGGGUGUUCAGCAGGCAUUGCUUAAGAUGCUUGAAGGAACUAUUGUCAAUGUUCCAGAGAAGGGGGCUAGGAAGCAUCCCAGGGGUGAUAAUAUUCAGAUUGACACCAAGGAUAUUCUCUUCAUAUGUGGAGGCGCAUUUAUUGACUUGGAGAAAACCAUUUCAGAGAGGCGACAAGAUUCAUCUAUAGGGUUUGGUGCCCCUGUACGUGCUAAUAUGAGAACCGGCACGGUUACAAGUGCUGCUGUCACAUCUUCUUUAUUGGAAACUGUUGAAAGUGGUGAUCUUAUUUCAUAUGGCUUGAUUCCUGAGUUUGUUGGAAGAUUUCCCGUCCUUGUCAGCUUGUCAGCUCUCACAGAAGAUCAACUUGUGCAGGUUCUGACGGAACCCAAGAAUGCCCUUGGAAAGCAAUACAAAAAGAUGUUUGAAAUGAAUGGUGUUAAGCUACACUUCACAGAAAAAGCUACGAGAUUAAUUGCCAGGAAAGCUAUAACCAAAAAUACCGGGGCUCGUGGCUUGCGAUCCAUACUAGAAAAUAUCUUGAUGGAUUCCAUGUACGAGAUUCCUGAUGAGAGAACAGAGGAGGAUAUGAUAGAUGCUGUUAUGGUGGACGAGGAAGCCGUUGGAUUGGAGGGACACGGUCUUGGAGCCAAAAUCCUUUACGGGAAGGGUGCCUUGGACCGUUAUCUUGCUAAUUCACGACAACCCGAGACAAGGGUUGAAGUGACUGAUGCAGAUGCUGAUGCCGAACCAGAGCUUCCUUCGGUAGUCGCUAGCAUGUAAUCGAUAUUUGUUCGGAAAGAGAACAAAAUUCUGUUAUAUAUGUGUAGCCUUUGAUCACAUUGUACAUAAUUUAUCAGUCCGCAACCUUGUUUUACUUAAAUAAUCGCGAUCAUUAAGGUUAAUGCUACAUACCAUAAUCUGUAAAUGUACAUGUUGUGACCCUUUCUAGUUUGCUGUUUCAUGCACUUACUCAUUGUUCUGUACUGUUGACAUACUUCCGGCUAGACUCCGUAGCAAAUGCCAGCCGAUCUUUAAGCAUUACAGAAGAAUAGGGAAACCAGAUAUGUACUGGAU